CAAGAAACUUCAAAAGCUUUACAACUCUACAAAAAGCUAAAAUAGUAGUAAUUCCAAGCCAAAAAUAGGUGAAUAUCUUUAUUACCAUCUUAUCUCCAACUAACUUAUUAACUCUUUCAUUACUACAAAGGAAAAUUUUUCAAAGUUACUUUUCCCACCAUGAAAACUUGACAUUCGUCUUCACAAAACUUUAGAACAUGCAGAAAAAUCCAAUGCUAAAACCUCCCUCGUCUUGACACGAAUUCGUAUUUGAUAAUAGUUCUCUCAAGUUUGUUUAGUAUAAAAGCUCGGACUUACCAUCUCAAUAUCUAGAUUCAAUCAAAGUAAUAUAUCUACUGUGAAGAAAUGUUAGUACAUUAGAGCUCACCUCUAUGACUAUUAAGUACUUUGAUACAAUGAAAAACUCAUUGACUCUGUUUAAGAAGCAAUUUUGUGUUUCUCUAUGUUUUCUUGUGUUGUUUUUCUCUAUUGCUGUAGCACAAGAGCUUCUUUUUAAUGGAGAUGUUUCCAAGAAAUGUAAGGAGGGAACAGGAUCCAGUUACCUUUGUUCUUGGGCUAGCGAUAACAAUUUUGCUCCAUCCCUUGUACGACAAUCAACCUUGAAUUCACGAGUAUAUACUGUAUACACACCUCCACAACCUUCAUCAUCUAUCUAUGAGACAAAACCUCCUAAAUAUCCUUAUCCAUCAUAUAGGCCCUUUCACAAAGUGUCUUAUGCAAAUUAUCCUCAACCAAAGGUCUAUAGGAGAUCACUAUUAAAAAUUAUACCAACUUCAGCUUAUGACCAACCAUCUCCACCACCUCUUCAAACACCUCCUACUUACCAGCCACCACCCCUUCCUGCCUACAAACCUCCACCAAGCCCACCACCCCCUCCUACCUACAAACCUCCACCAAGUCCAUCGCCUCCUCCACCACCUCCUCCUGCCUACAAACCUCUACCAAGUCCAUCACCUCCUCCACCGCCCCCACCACCCUCUCCUGCCUACAAACCUUCACCAAGUCCAUCACCUCCUCCACCACCCCCUCCUGCCUACAAACCUUCACCAAGUCCAUCACCUCCUCCACCACCCCCUCCUGCCUACAAACCUUCACCAAGUCCAUCACCUCCUCCACCACCCCCUCCUGCCUACAAACCUUCACCAAGUCCAUCACCUCCUCCACCACCCCCUCCUGCCUACAAACCUUCACCAAGUCCAUCACCUCCUCCACCACCCCCUCCUGCCUACAAACCUCUACCAAGUCCAUCACCUCCUCCACCGCCCCCACCACCCUCUCCUGCCUACAAACCUUCACCAAGUCCAUCACCUCCUCCACCACCCCCUCCUGCCUACAAACCUUCACCAAGUCCAUCACCUCCUCCACCACCCCCUCCUGCCUACAAACCUCCACCAAGUCCAUCGCCUCCUCCACCACCCCCACCUGCCUACAAACCUCCACCAAGUCCAUCGCCUCCUCCACCACCUCCUCCUGCCUACAAACCUCUACCAAGUCCAUCACCUCCUCCACCGCCCCCACCACCCUCUCCUGCCUACAAACCUUCACCAAGUCCAUCACCUCCUCCACCACCCCCUCCUGCCUACAAACCUCCACCAAGUCCACCGCCUCCACCACCCCCUCCUGCAUACAAACCUCCACCAAGUCCAUCGCCUCCUCCACCAAGCCCACCACCCCCUCCUGCCUACAAACCUCCACCAAGUCCAUUGCCUCCUCCACCUUCAUCGCCUCUUCCACCGCCCUCACCACCCCCACCACCUCCUCCUGCCUACAAACCUCUACCAAGUCCAUCGCCUCCUCCACCACCCCCACCACCUCCUCCUGUCUACAAACCUCCACCAAGUCCACCACCCCCUCCUGUCUACAAACCUCCACCAAGUCCAGUGCCUCCUCCACCAAGCCCACCGCCCGCUCCAGUCUACAAACCUCCAUCAAGCCCACCGCCUCCUCCACCAAACCCACCGCCUACUCCCGUCUAUAAACCUCCAUCAAUCCCACCACCUCCUCCACCAAGCCCACCACCUAGUCCCAUCUACAAACCUCCACCCCAAAGCUCACCAGGGUAUGGAAAUCCUCCACCUUCUGGUUACUAUUAA